CUAACCUCUUUGGUAAAGAAGAUAAAUAAAUGAUAUUUAGAAAAAGAAGAAUGCAAAAUGUCAAACCCAAAUAUUGCAUAUUUUUACGACCCAGAUGUUGGCAAUUUUCAUUAUGGUCCAGGCCAUCCAAUGAAGCCACAUCGUAUAGCCCUGACACACUGUCUGGUAUUACAUUAUGGACUGCAUGAAAAAAUGAAGCUGUACAGACCUUAUAGGGCUUCAGCUCAUGACAUGUGUAGAUUUCAUUCUGAUGAAUACAUAGAUUUUCUACAGAGAGUUACACCACAAAAUGUACAACAGUUUACAAAGCAACUUAGUAUGUUUAAUGUUGGAGAUGACUGUCCUGUCUUUGAUGGCAUGUUUGAUUUCUGUUCCAUGUACACUGGAGCAUCAUUAGAAGGAGCAAUCAAAUUGAAUAAUAAUCAUUGUGAUAUAGCUGUGAAUUGGUCAGGAGGACUUCAUCAUGCUAAAAAAUAUGAGGCCUCAGGAUUUUGUUAUGUGAAUGAUAUAGUGAUAGGAAUAUUAGAAUUACUGAAGUAUCAUCCUAGAGUGUUAUAUAUUGACAUUGAUAUACAUCAUGGCGAUGGCGUACAAGAAGCUUUCUACCUUACAGAUCGUGUAAUGACUGUUUCCUUCCACAAAUAUGGAAAUUAUUUCUUCCCAGGAACAGGUGAUAUGUAUGAAUUUGGUUCAGAGAGUGGCAGAUAUUACUCAAUUAAUGUACCAUUGAAGGAAGGCAUUGAUGAUCAGACUUACAUAUCAAUGUUCUCGCAAGUGAUCAAAUCAGUUAUGGAUUUCUAUCAACCUUCAUGUAUAGUGCUACAGUGUGGAGCAGACUCAUUGGGCAGUGAUAGAUUGGGUUGUUUUAAUUUAAGUAUCAAAGGUCAUGGUGAAUGUGUAAAGAUAGUAAAGAAUUAUGGAUUACCAACACUUGUACUUGGAGGAGGAGGCUACACUAAAAGGAAUGUAGCACGAUGUUGGACGUAUGAGACAGCUGUGUUAUUGGAUGAAGAUAUUAGCAAUGAUAUACCUUACAAUGAAUAUUUAGAAUAUUUUUCUCCUGACUUCACUUUACAUCCAGAUGUAUCAACAAAACAGGAAAACUUAAACACCAAACAGUAUUUAGACAACAUAAGGGGAACUGUUCAUGAGAUUCUGAAGAACUUAGUUAGCUCCCCUAGUGUACAAAUGCAGGAUGUGCCGUCAGAUCUGCUGAGCCUUGAGAACACGGAGGAACUGGAUCCAGAUAUCAGAAAUCAUCAGGAUGAAAAUGAUAAAAGAGUUGAAGCUAACAAUGAAUUUUAUGAUGGAGAAAAGGACAAUGAUAAAGACACAGAUGGUUUUGUAGAUGUAUGACUGAAGAACUGUAUUAAUAAUUGAAAUUAGGAUUAUGACUAAAGAACUGUAUACAUAUUUGAUAUUAUGACAGCUGGUUCUGUCAUUUGUGUUACAUUUGUACAUGUAGAUGUUGACCAGCUACUUUGACCAUUCACUAUAUUAAUGGUCCUUACUUUUCAAAUGAAAAUGGUAAUUUCUCAGUGUUUUCAAGGUUUCAAAAGGUGUUAUACAUAUUUAACUGAGAAUCAUCUGUUCAGGAUGGUUAACGAACCACCUGAAAGUCAUUAGUUCAAAAUAAAGAGUGAAGCAGGAUAAAGAAGGCAUGGAUUAAUAUUUGCAUAUUAGCAAAGUUUGGAGUAUUCAUGACUCACUACUUGCAAAAUACAUAGCUUUAGAUAUUUUCACAACAUAUAUUAAAAAAAAUGUGUAUUGCCUUUGGAAGGACUCUGUGGUUGAUUUUUUCAUAACAUACUCAUAAUAUCUGUUUGUUUGACAUUGAUGAUGGUUUAAAACUGUUUCCCACUGCAGGUUUUCAUCAUGAAUGUUUAAAUAUAUAUGUAAAAUCUUGCCAUGGUAGAAUAUUCUUAUGUUAAAGAAAUUCUUAAAACAUGGUAGUUCAACCCAUUAGAAUAGAGAUUUCAUCCUCUACAUUAUUACAUGCUUUCGAAUCAAAGAGAAACUUAUAAUCUAUGUGAAUUAUACAAAGAUGAAGAGCACCAAUCAUUACAAAAAGGACACAAAUUCUACAGUUCUUAACUUUUUUUUUAAAUUUUGGACAGCAAAAGUUAUCAUAAGAAUGCAUGCAUACUGUGAAUUAACUUAUUUUGGUUGGUUUCAAUUUUUCAUGGAUUGGGCAAGACCUAGAUUUAUUUUAUGAAGAUUUAAUUUCAUGGAUUUGCCAAAGCCUGAAUACAAGCAGAUAGCAAGUAUGUUAUUAAUUGUGCAUUAAAGUUUGUGGUUCACCUGUACUAACGAAUUCCAAGAAAAUUUGUAUCUUAGGGAAAGAAAAAAAAAAUCCACAGUUUGGCAAUAAUAUUUCUAUGCCCCUUAAACACAAUUUUCUUUUGGCAGAUAUGCAAAGAAUAUUGAGAGAUUGAUCAUGUUUCAGACGCAGUGUAAACAUUUUAACUUGAAUUUUUAAACAUACCAUGGAAAGUGGCCAUUAAUAUUCGUUGUUUUUAUUGUUCUUUUUAGGAAAUGUUUUAUUUUAAUGAUCAAAGUAGAAAGGUUCAAAAUAUAAAGUUGUCAUACAUGUUCUUAAAUAUAUCCAAAUACAUUGAGGUACAAUAUUUUAAAAUAAAAACCUUUUUCCAUGGCAACAAAUCAAGAUAAUAAUUAGUAUAUUUUGUAAAAUUUCUUGAUUUUUCUUGCUUCACAUCAACUUUUUAAGUAUAUAUUAGA